AUGGCAAAUAGCCAAGAUAAUCAUCAUCAACGGCAGCAACCACAACAAACUCAGACACAUAGUAUGAUAGAAACGUUGACUCAUACAACAGCCCAUCAUCGUUCAUCGCAACCACAACCACAACACCAAAUGAUGUCAGCAACAACAAAUACAACCAGCAAACAAAUAUCUUUAAAUUACCAAGACAACAAUGAAACAUCAACUACAAUUGCAAAUGAUAACACCCAGCAAGACCACAUCCGCCAAUCUCCACAACAGCAACAUGUACAUCAUCAUCUUGAUGACAACCCUAGAAGACAUCAUGAACGUCAUUCCGAUAAUACCGUUGAUCAAGAUUCAUCAUCAGGCGAUGAAGCAAUUAAAUUAGAAUCUUCUACAGAAUUAUCAUUUACCAAGAAAGAUAUAAGUAAGAGUCGUGCACAAUCAUUCCAAUCUGUACUUUCAACUGCAUCGUUGAUUUCAUUAAAACAACAAGUGCUAGCGUCAGCAAAUAAUACUACUAACAUUGUUAAUAAUCCAUCAUUAAUUCGCAGUAAUUCAACAGUAAAUAAUUCCAAGAAUUUUCAAUCCUUCAUUCAAGCUCCAGUGUUAUCAAGUUUUACUAAUUUAAAACAACAAGAAGAUGAAGUUCAAAUUGGUCAACAAUUACCAUUUGAUGAUAAACCUUUAAGUAAGCCAUCAUCAAGUGACAAAUUAAAUAACAAUAACAAUAGUGCGAAAUCGGAUGCCGAAAAAAAUACUGCCUUUGACACGACCUCUUCGAACUCCUCCUCCGCCAUUACUUCGCACAAUAAUAAGAACAAUAAGAAUAAGGAGGAUGAUGAUCCUUUAAUUCAACAACAAAAUUUAACUUUAAAGGCAUUAAAAAAAUUAAGUUUAUCACCAAGAAGAAUUAUAAAUUCUGAUAUAACCCCUUUAACAACUUUAAAACAAGACGAUCAUCAAACCUUAGGACAACAAGAAGAUCAAUCAAAAAUGACUGAACCUUACAGACCAGCUGAAGUCGAUUUAUCUUCAUUUGCUAGUUUAACUAGACAACCAAAACCCCACACUAGUCCAACAUCUGAAUUAAAGACUUCUCCAAAUACUACACAUAAUCAUCAUACUUAUCAUUCUAUCAUGAAUAACAAGUCAUCAUUACCAAAAUUACCGGAGGGAAAAAUAGCCACACAAGAAUCGUCGUCCACCACCCUUGAAAAUUCCCCACAAAAUGGACUGGAAAAAUUUCAAUCUCUCCCUCACAACCAACAACAAUACCAAAACCAACAACAGCAACAACAACAGCAACAGAUGUCGCAUGCCCAACAAAUCCAGAAUGCACUUCAACAACACAACAUCCAAAUUCAAAAUGCAGAAUCACAUCCUGCUGGUCAGCAGUCUCAACAAGGUGGUGGCGGGCGCAUCCCAGCAGCAGUAAUCCCCCCACAAAAUAUGCAUGCGAAAAGGAUUCCACUGAAUCCUUCCCUUCAGUUGGGCAUUUCGCAAACUCUCCCUGCUUCACCCACCCACUCUGCCCAACAACCAUCACAACCUCAAUAUCAACUUAAUCAUCCAAGAGUAACCAGACAAUUACAACAAAUCAAAGGGUUAAGAAGUCCAAUGUAUGUCCCAUGUGUGUUAAGAAGAACUCAAAAUGGACUGGUCCAUGCUGCUGGUGUGCGAUCAUAUACCCAUUCUCCAGAUAUCCAACCAUAUUCUUCAACAUCUACGACCUCGCCUAAACCUGAAUUAUCAUAUGAACAACAAUUACAGAUGUUUAAACAAGGUGAAGCUACAUCCUCCAAGGCAUCAAUUAAAUCUAUAGAUUCACAAGCUUCGAUAGAAUCUGGUCAUUCAUUGACGGUAAAUGCCAGUACUCCUAAUUCGUUGACGAAAUUCUUUUCUUCCGGAACCAAUAGGAGUCAUGAUCAACUAUUGAGAGCACCCCCAACUAGAAGACAUUGGGUUAAAGAUGAAACCGUUUUAAAAUGCAGUAUGCCUGCUUGUCCCAAAGUAUUUAAUUUUUUUGAAAGAAGACAUCAUUGUCGAAAAUGUGGUGGGAUUUUUUGUAAAGAACAUACUUCCCAUUUCCUUUAUAUCAAUCAUUUAGCUCAAUUUACCACUGGUGGUAGAGGUACUUUAUCCAAGGUUUGUGAUAAUUGUAUUGAAGAAUAUAAUGAAUUUAUCAAGAAGGAAUUUGGGGUGAAUGUAAGUCAACAUGUCUAUCACAAACCAAUGACUGCACAAGAAGUAAAGAAUCAAGAGAUAAAUGCUGUUGGACCUAAUUAUAUGAUAUCGAAACAUAUCCCCAAAGAACCGCCUUUGAUGACUUCUCCAGAAUACAGAGAUCAGAUCAAUAAUAAUAAUAGUACCAAUGAGGCGAUGGCUGCGGUCAUUAAUAAUAACUAUAAUGAUACCCCACCAGUCAGUGGACCAUCUAAUAAUAAUAAUAAUAAUUCCAAUGGUGGUAGUAGAAAUGAACAACACCUUGUAGGAAGCGUGCCUGCUAAUUGGAGUUGGAGUUCGUUCUAG